AUGGGUUCGCUUAACAACUAUAUCUGUGACUUUUUAAAACAGCAUUCUUCAUAUGAUGUAUUGCCAGUAAGCUACAGGGUAAUAGUGUUAGAUACUAGCUUACUUGUAAAGAAAGCUUUGGCUGCAUUAAUGCAGAAUGGAGUUGUAUCGGCACCACUUUGGGAUUCAAACAAUCAAAAAUUUGCCGGAAUGUUGACUGUAUCCGAUUUUAUUAACCUAAUACAUUAUUAUUACAAGCAUUCAUCUUACACCGUUGCGUUAGAAGAAAUUGAGCAAUUUCAGAUACAACAAUUGAGAGAUGUGGAAAGUCGUUUGGGUUCACCGCCGCCACAAUUACUAUCGAUACAUCCGUUAAAAUCAUUAUAUGAAGCUUGUAAAUUAUUGGUGGAAGCUCGUGCACAUCGAUUACCAUUGGUCGAUGUUGAUUCAGAGACUGGCCAAGAAAUGAUUGUAUCAGUGUUAACACAAUAUAGGAUACUUAAAUUUAUAGCAAUGAACUGCAAGGAAACGAAAGAUUUUCGAAAACCACUUUCAGAAAUAAAGAUUGGAGUAUAUAAUGACAUUGCUACUGCAAAAAUGUCUACUCCUGUCAUUGAAGUUGUAAAUACUUUUGCGGAGAGACGAAUCUCUUCAGUGCCAAUAAUCGAUGAUAAUGGUGUUGUGUUGAAUGUAUAUGAAACAGUUGACGUGAUGACAUUAGUCCGUGCUGGUACGUAUCAUGGUAUGGAUCUUCCCAUUGGAAAAGCAAUACUAUGGAGAACCGAGGACUUUCCCGGAGUUCAUACUUGUACUCUUAACGAUUGUCUUCAUUCAAUAUUCGACUUAAUAAAGAAAGCUCCGGUAUAUCGCUUAAUUGUUGUUGAUUCGGAAAACAAGUUGAAAGGAAUCGUUUCUUUAUCUGAUAUCAUGCGCUAUUUAAAUACGUUAAAAACAGCGCAAAAAGAAAAGGUUAGGCAAUUUAUGACCUUUACAAAUGCCAGUGAAAGGGUCUCCAUCCGGAAACUCAGAGAAUUCAACUGGAAUGUAGAAGUUGCAGUAGACGCUUUCUUUAACGAUCAACCUAGCUCCUGGAGAUCCUUUGGAAGCUCGCAAAAUGCUGGAAACCCAGAUGUUUAUAAACUUAAUCAAAUAUUCUCAAAAUAUAAAGAUAAGGAGGAAGAUGCCAUUUUAGUAGAUGGAAUGUUAGAGUAUUGUAACGAUUUACACGUUCAACCUGAAGAUGUUGUUAUGCUGGUUAUUGCAUGGAAUCUUGAGGCUGAUAAAAUGUGUGAGUUUAAACGUCAAGGAUUUAUCAAUGGAUGGACAAAAUUAAGGUGUG